AUGGCUGAAGGAACUGGUACUGGAAAGAGGACUUAUGUCACAUGGGAUGAUGAGAUGGACGCUGCCUUGCUUGAGGUACUUGUUCAUCAUCACAACAUGGGUGACCAUUCACAAAAUGGAUGGAAAGCACAUGUGUACAGUGCAGCUAUCAAGAAUGUGAAGAGGAAGUGCAAUAAGGAUAUCGCGAAGAACAACAUAUUAGGAAGGCUUAGGACUUCCGACAAUCAAUUUGAAAUCAUUAACAAGAUCCUUUCUCAAAGCGGUUUUGGUUGGGAUUGGGUCAAUAAUAAGCUAUCUAUUGAUAGCGACGAUGUGUGGACUAAAUAUUUGGAGGCUAAUAAGAAGGAGAAAGCAUUGGCUUCUUACAAGACCAAAGUAGUGAAGCACUGGGAAGCCAUCUCUACCAUAUAUUCAAAAGAUCAUGCGGACGGUGAAGAUGCCAAGACAGGUGUUGAGACUGCUGCAGAUCUAGAAUAA